UGAUAGGCUUCCAAGUCAAGGCUGUGGACUGUAGUUUCACACAAACAAAAUUCACGUCGUGAACAGUCACUUUCGUUCUCAAGAUUUUGUGCACCAAGAAUUAUUUUUGUUUCUUGGUCCUGUUAGUUUAUGAAUAGUAUUAUUCUCUGAAGAAGAAAAAAUGGAGGCACAGUACAUAAUUAGACACCACAGGCACCACCCAAGAGCGCACCAAUGUUCUUCCUCUGUUGUCAAACACAUCAAAGCUCCUGUUGAUAUUGUUUGGUCAGCAGUUAGGAGAUUUGAUCAGCCUCAGAAGUAUAAACCCUUUGUUAGCAGAUGCAUCGUGCGAGAUGAUUUUAAGAUUGGGAGUGUUAGAGAGGUGAAUGUGAAGUCAGGACUUCCUGCCACGACGAGCACUGAGAUGCUGGAACUGCUUGAUGAUCAAGAGCACAUUCUUGGCAUCAAGAUUGUUGGUGGUGAUCACAGGCUAAAGAAUUACUCUUCAGUCAUUACUGUCCAUCCUGAGAUAAUUGAUGGGAUACCAGGAGCGAUGGUUAUCGAAUCAUUUGUGGUGGAUGUGCCUGAAGGUAAUACUCAAGACGAGACGUGCUACUUCGUGAAUGCUGUAAUAAACUGCAAUCUCAAAUCUUUGGCUGUUGUCUCGGAGAGAAUGGCACUGCAAGGUCGGUUCAAGGCCGUCGAUCAAUUCUGAGUUGUCUAUUUUAGAUUUUAAUCUAUUUGGAUAGACUGGUUGCGCAUAUUCUCUUUCUCGGCUUUUAAGCUAUAAGGGUUUGCCUUCUGCAAUUGCAUCAGAUACACCAGAAAAUAGAGGGUUUGCUUAUCCUCGCAAUUUUAGAUUUUAGUUAUGUCUGUAGGAUGAGUUAUCAUGCGAUGAUGCCUGUAUCUAAAUCUGUAAGAAAGUGUUGGUUUACUGCUCAUGUAUUAUAUAACCUGUGGGAAACUCAAUCAUAAUGGUACAAAGCCUUGUAAAUAGAGUGCAUAAUUUUUCCAAGGUUUGGGUAAACAAUUCCCAAUGCUCUCAUUACCUAGUCAAUCCUUGCUUCAAAAUGAUCUGAGGUUGCUGCUUUCUGAAUGGUUUUUAUGUUUUCGACUUCA